UUCAAAUCCUCUUUAAAAAAUAUUUCUUGUCUUCCAAGACAAGCUAAGUCUUUUGGUGAUUUUCAAAACCUAUCUUAGUUUUGUAUCCCCCGUUGAUCUGAUGGAUUACAAAGAAAUACGAAGGAUCUUGGCAAAAGAAGAACAAACAAGUCUGUUCGCUAGUGUAUGUUCUUGGUCUAUCAAAGAUAUCCUCAACGAAGAUCUCUACAAGGAUAAGAUGAAGACAAUACCAGACAGAUUUAGUUCCGUUGAUGAAUACUUUCAGUGUUUUGUUCCUCACUUACUCGAGGAAACAAGAACCGAGUUGUUCUCGAGCCUCAAAUCUUUAUCGAAAGCUCCUGUCUUUCAAAUAGAUUCCGUGGAGACAAGAACAAACGAAUUUUUUAGAAGGACAUCGAUUAAGAUGUUCCAUGAUAUAACAUUAACGAAUUAUGAUGCAGACGACAAAAGUGAAAAGUACGAGCCAAGGUGUGGAGAUGUUAUUGCGCUAAGUCCUCUGAGUCUGACAGAGGAAAGGCCAAGAAUCGAUGACUUGAAUCCUUUACUUCUAGGUUACGUAUUCUCUGUUUCUGGUGGUUUAGAAUUCUCUGUUCACUUCUCUAGACCUAUACCUAAGAAUGAGAAACAUCUGUUUCGCUCUGGCGUUUUUCUUAUGACUCUAAUAACAAACACUCGGAUUUGGAAUGCUUUGCACAACGAAGCUGCUGAUUCCACUCUAAUCCAGAGUAUUCUUCAGGAAGAUGCAUCCGUUACUGAAGAAUGCUUUUCUUGUGGGCAUGAAGACGUUGAUGGUUCUGAUUCCGACAGCGUUUUGGAUAUAAUCCGUUUAGCAAAACUGAACUCUUCACAAGAAGCUGCAAUUUUGGGUUGCCUUAAGACAAGGAAUUGUAAUCACAAGAAGAGUGUAAAGCUGAUAUGGGGACCUCCUGGUACAGGCAAAACAAAGACGGUAGCGACUCUUCUCUCUGUUCUUCUCAAACUAAAGUGCAAAACAGUUGUGUGUGCUCCUACAAAUACAGCUGUUGUAGAAGUUGCAUCGAGGCUAUUGGCUUUAUCUAAGGAAACAAUUGUGUGUGCUCCUACAAAUCCAGCUAUUGCUGAAGUUGUAUCAAGGUUCUCGUCCUUGUUCUAUGGAACUUCUACAUUAGAACGUACCACUUACGGUAUGGGGAAUAUAGUUCUUUCUGGAAACCGCGAAAGAAUGGGGAUUAUGAAGAAUAAAGCUCUUCGCAAUGUGUUUUUUAUUGAGCGCGUCACUGUACUUGGUAAGUUGUUUUCAUCAUCUUGUGGAUGGAAGAAGAGGUUGGAGUCAAUCAUAGAUUUUCUUGAGAAUACAGAGGCUAAGUACGAGCAACAUGUACAUGAGUUAGAAGAGCUUGAAAGGGUGAUAGAAGAGGAAAAGAAAAAUAAGAAAGAAGAAGAUGAAAAGAAGAAGGAAGAUGGUGAGAAGGUGACGGAAGAAGUUGAAGAGACGACGAUGCAAGAAGUUGUAAACAUCCCUACAUUUGGAGAGUUUGUGAAGAAGAAGUUUAAUGACUUAACUCAAGAAUUGGAAUUUGAUAUGGUUAAGUUGUGCACUCAUCUGCCUAAGUCUUUCAUUUCAUCUAAAGAUGUGAAGAAUAUGAUAGAAACCCGCCAAGCUCUUCACCGCGUUAGAUGUUUCUUGCUAGAGAAUUCUUCUAGAGAUGAUUUCAAGAAAGGUGGUUUCAGAUACAAUUGCUUCAACAGACUCAUCAGUGUUGAUGCUCUUGGGGCUCUAUGUCUACUUCCUAAGUGUUUUGGGAUUCCUAGUCUAGGAGAUGAUGAUAUUAGGAAAUUUUGUCUAGAUAAUGCAGACAUAAUCUUCUGUACAGCCUCAUGUGCUGCAAAUAUGAAUCCAACAAGAGUAGGCUCUGUCGAUCUUCUUGUGAUCGAUGAGGCAGCUCAGCUUAAAGAAUGUGAAUCGAUCGCUGCAUUGCAACUUCCUGGUCUUCGAAACGCGCUCCUAAUAGGAGAUGAGUAUCAGUUGCCAGCAACGGUUCAUAACGAUGAAUGCGAAAAGGCGAAAUUCGGAAGAAGCUUGUUUGAGAGAUUGGUUCUCAUUGGUCAUAACAAACAUUUGCUUAACGUUCAAUAUCGAAUGCAUCCUUCGAUUAGUUCUUUUCCUAACAAGGAGUUUUAUGAUGGGAGAAUCACGGAUGCAGCCAUUGUUCAAGAAAGGGUUUACGAAAAGCGGUUUCUUCAAGGUAACAUGUUUGGUUCAUUCUCUUUUAUCAAUGUUGGACGUGGAAGAGAAGAGUUUUGUGAAGGACAUAGUCCCAAGAACAUGGUUGAAGUUGCUGUCAUUUCUGAAAUCAUAUCCAAUCUUUUCAAAGUUUCAAGUGAAAGAAGGCAGAAGAUGAGUGUUGGAGUUAUUUCACCUUACAAAGGACAAGUGAGAGCAAUCCAAGAUAGACUUGGUGAUAAGUACGGUUCCUUAUCAGGUGAGCUUUUCAGUUUGAAUGUUCAAUCAGUAGAUGGGUUUCAAGGAGGUGAAGAAGACGUUAUCAUCAUCUCCACAGUUAGAAGUAACGUUAAUGGAAACGUUGGAUUUCUCAAUAACCGUCAAAGAGCCAAUGUGGCACUUACUCGAGCAAAACAUUGCUUAUGGGUGAUUGGUAACGAGACAACUUUGGCUCUAAGUGGUUCUAUUUGGUCAGAACUGAUAAGUGAGUCGAGGACUCGUGAAUGCUUCUAUGUUGCAGUUGAAGACAAGAAUCUAAGAGAUGCCAUGAAUGAUGCUUUGGUUGAUGAUGUAUCGUCGAGUUUUUGAUCUUUUUCGAUUAGGAAUGGUUAUGAAAGAAGAAAUGGCUGGUAGACUUUUAUUUUGUUAUCUUUGUGUUUUUUUGUUUGUUUUCUAUGAUUACUUUGUAUGGGAUUAAAGAUCUUUUAUGGUAUAUUUAUUUAUGGUUA